AUGGCCACAGCAGAUAAGGAGCUCAGUCCCUUGGGAGAAUUUACAACUCUACUGGGCAAAUGGCCUCGGCCCGCCCCGGCCGCGGGCAAUCACCGUUACUGUGCCCCUCCCCCGGAAAAACAAACGUCGGCAUCCGGGCAUCGGCCUCGGCAUCCCGCGGGCGCGGCGGGCGGCUCCCAGCCGGGGUUUCGCCCGGGGCCGCCGGGGGCACCCCGGGGGAGCUCCUGCACGGCUCGGCCCGUCGCGUCCCACCCUCCAGCGCCGUCCAGGCCGGUGCCCCACGUGCGGGGCCGCGCGCCCCGCCUCACCCCCCCCGGCCCCCCCCCCCCCCCCGUAUUGAGGACCCCAUCCUCCCGCUCCCCGGGCCGCCUCGAUCGGCGGGCCGGCCUCUCCCGCGGCCUCUCACCGUGGCCCGUGGCCCGUGGCCCCUGGCCCGCCGGCCGCCGCCGCCGCCGCCUGAAUCCUCGCGGCCACUUCCCAGGCUCGGCCAGCCCGCCGCCCCAGCUGCACAUCCGGGAACUCCCACAGGGGAAGAGUGAUCGAGGCGGCAGUGCCCGCUCGUUGCCCGCGCCCGUCUCCUUGGCACUCGGUGCCGCCUUCCCCUCCGCGCUGGCUGAUCACGGCCCCAAGGUGCAGGGCCACCCGAGCGCGGGCAAGGGGCCCCUCUCGGGCCUGCGGCUGGAGGCGUCUGGGCGCCGGCCACUCGCUAACAAGCUGGAAGAUUCCACGCAGUGGCGGGCGGGGUCGGGAAAGGGGCGGCCCCCACCCGCGCCCUCCACCCCCAAAGCUUUCCCGGCCCGAAACCUUUCACUGUCUCCGCUCCUCGCGAGCUGCCCCCAGCGCCCGGAGCCUUUCCCAAGACGGGCUGCCGGGCUAGGCCUCCCCGCCCGAUCGUGGCCCUUGCCAAGGGGCUGUUUUCAAUUUGCACAACUUUCCAUUUCGUGCGCUGCCGUCGGCCAACUCCUUCCCUCAAAGGGUCGCCCGGGGAGGUCUGGCCGGCCCGUAUUGGCCGAGGGAGGGAGCCCGAGCCAAGAGAUGUGGCCCAAGAAAUCACUCCCAGGCUGCAAAAAUCUUCCGAAAGGAUUGAAGCCCAGGAUCCCAAGCCUGCGGCCGCCCCCCCGAAAUGAACCGCUCUCGGGGGCCAGGGAGAGCGCCCCCCACCGGGGGCCGCCUGUUCUCAAGCAGCUCCACAGGCUUCUCGCGGCCACUUGCCGGCAAUACUUCCCGGUAUCGGGAAGUCUAGAAACCCGGCCCUCCGGGGUUUGGUCGGAGGGACUUGGGGAGGCCGGGGCAGGGACUGGCUGCUCACUUGUCCAAAGGCCACUGCACCUAAAACGCAAGACCAACCCCCCCCCUACACCCCCCCCCCAGCCCCUCCUUCUUGGCAGGCAGGGGAGUCGGCCCCGAAUCUGCUCGGCUGCUGGCUGGGGGCAGUGGGCAAACUUCCGGGGACCCGCUCCCCUCAGCAGUUCUGUGUCGGGCGCCUGCAGGGUACCUUAAGCUCCUCUCCACGUUGGGACUUUUUUCUCUACGCCCAAAAGGCCAGCUAGCUAAAGGCAGACUCUUCUGAAAAGAACUGAACCAUGUCCUGCACACCCAUCCAAUCCCAGCCUGCUCGCAGGCUCUCCCCCCCACCCCCCACCCUAUGCACAGAAAUGAAAACAGGAAGCCGGUGCCUAAUGACGCCAGCUGCAGGGACCCGGGGAGACAUUCCCGCUCCCCGGCCGGAUCCUAGGCUUUCCAUUGGGCCACCCCGCCCUGCCCAGGGAGCUGAGGGAGCUGGGAGUAGGGUGCUGGGCCCGCCUGCAGCUGUGUGAAGCAGGUAGGGAAGGUGCCCAUGGGAGCUUGAAAGGCCCAGAAUUUGAAGGCAGUAGUUUUCAGGGCCAGGAAGGGGGCCCCCCAAGGACAUGCUGCAGAAACCUUCCACUAGAAGGAAGCUGAAUGUAAUCCAAGAUUCCCCAGCCCCGUUAGGUGACCAGGACCCCUUUCUGAAGGGAUCGUUGCUGCUCAGGCCGCCCCCAUCUUAUCCAUGUAAAGCUCAUGGUUUGACCCCAUCACUCAAUAUGGCCAUCCCGGAACAAAUCCAGACCCAAAGUGAAUGGGGAAGAGAAGUGACCAUCACACCCCUCUCUUCUGUACUUAGGAGUGCCCCUGAGCUAUUGCCCUUCCCUACUUUUUCAUGACACCAGAGUGGCAGCAUGGAGAAGGGGCAAGCGGGCAAUUUUGGAAGAGCCUUGCCAGACGCAGCUCCUAAGUGAGCCAAAUCGGGGCAGUACCAGUCAUACACCAACCCGGAUCUACCCUCCACCUUGGAGAGCUACAAGGCCUCGGCUCAUUUUGCCAGAUCCUAGCAGCCACCCCCACUUCACACAGCCUGAACCUGGCAGUGGGCGAGCCCAACUCUCAGAUCGUCAAGGAGUCUCGCUGCCCAUCCCGUCUCCUGUGCCCACUUUCCAGAGGCGUUGGCCAGAGUGCCGAACCUAUAGCUGGGAGACUCCCCCAUUCACCCUGUGGCCACAGCCUACAAGCCAUUUCCUUGCAACUGGAGAGCAGAGGCAGCUCUGGAAACAAGCCCCAAGCCCAGAAGGAGCUCAGUGAACUGCAAAGGCUGCAGGAUGAGGCCCUUCCAGCACUGGGUCCAAAGCCCAGUCCCAGCUGCAGGCAAAACCAGUCUCCCCCCCCCCCCCUCACCACCCGAGCCCUUACAGGAACAUUUGGUCCUCUCGCCAUCGUGGUUUCUCUGGAGUUCCCAUGUUUCAAGGAGAAAAUAUGAUCCCAGAAGAGCUCAGAAUAGACAAAGUCCUGGAUUGAGACUCUGAGCUCUAUCACUCCCAGUUCAAUUUACUCCAAACCACCAAGCACCCAGUAAGAGUCAGGCAACGGUGCUAGGCUAAGUCCCUGAAGCUCCUCAAGGAGUUUCCCUUCUACAAGGCCAGGGUUCUAGAGAAGUAAAUGGAAUCUUGUCCCAAAUACUUGGUUCCAGAUUUCAGGCUCCAGAGCCACAAAACUGUUCCAGCAUUUCUGCCCUCUGUUCCAGGACUGCAGAAGCAGGAGCGGCCUGGAUACAGAGCCCCAAAUCCUCAUGGGGCAUUAAGUUCUCUCUCCACUCAAACCUUUGCAGCCAUGUACAGGUACCCAUGUUAACCCACCUCCUUU